AUGAUGAGGAAGGGAACAGAUGUAACUGCGAAUGGACCACCACCAAGUGAUGCAAAACCCCCAGAACCUACGACUCGCAGACGUUCCCCCAGGAUUUCGCUUGAUUUUGGUGGAGCAGACCAUGGUGAUUCGGGGAGUACUACACCCGAUGCGGCUUCUAUGUGUAGCGAUCGCCGAGGUAGUUUUGAUAAAAUGUCGGGAUCGCGAAUUUUUACACGUGGUGGUGGUGCAGGAGGAGGAUUUUCAGGAAACAGGCAAGUUUACCAUGCUGGACGAAACGAUAUUGCCAAUUCAACAUCGAGCGGAAAACGAAAUACACGAGAUUAUAGCAAUCGACAGAAUUCACGAACACAGGGGAAUCGUGAUGGCUACAACGAACGACAUAAUUCUAAAUAUUCUUAUAAUUCUACGCAAUCACUCUAUGAUCCCCAACAACCAGGAGGUUAUCUAAGUUAUCAACCUAAUUUUAAUCGAAGGCGAGGGAAGCCGGAACAAGGCAGAGCUCCAUCGCCGAUG